UCGCGUCUCCUGGCAAGGUGGAGGCGGCGCCGCGGCCGGUGACCUGUUGGCGGCUGCCGUUCGGAGGGUCUGGGCCGCAGCGGUCUCCGGGAAUUGAGCCGGAGGAUGCAGGAGCCACACGCGGAAGCUGGACCGGACUAAGGGGGGCACCGAGCGGUGACGGGGGCGCUGCGGCGGGGCCCUAGACCUCGAGAGGCUCGGGCCCGCGCCGGCGUGUGGUGGGCCCCGGAGGCCGCUGGGGCCGCGAGCGGUGGCAGGGCUCUGCCGGGCCUGGCGCUCCGGCCUCUCUCACAAGCGAGGGUGGAGCUGCGUUGGAGCCUCGUUUCUCAGGCACUGAGGGCGGCACCGGGGCUGUUUCUCUGAGGGGAUUAGAAACGCGGCGCGAUGAGGAGCCGGAGUAACUCGGGAGUCCGGCUGGACGGCUAUGCUCGCCUGGUACAUCAGACCAUCCUGUGCCACCAGAAUCCAGUGACUGGCUUGCUUCCAGCCAGCUAUGAUCAGAAAGAUGCCUGGGUCCGAGAUAACGUGUACAGCAUCUUGGCUGUGUGGGGUUUGGGCCUGGCCUAUCGGAAGAAUGCAGACCGGGAUGAGGAUAAGGCAAAGGCCUAUGAACUGGAGCAGAGUGUAGUGAAGCUGAUGAGGGGGUUGCUGCACUGCAUGAUCAGACAGGUGGAUAAAGUAGAAUCCUUCAAAUAUAGUCAGAGUACUAAGGAUAGCCUCCAUGCCAAGUACAACACCAAAACUUGUGCCACUGUAGUGGGUGAUGACCAGUGGGGACACCUGCAGCUGGAUGCUACCUCGGUGUAUCUGCUCUUCUUAGCUCAAAUGACUGCCUCAGGACUCCAUAUCAUCCACAGCCUAGACGAGGUCAAUUUCAUACAGAACCUUGUGUUUUACAUUGAAGCGGCAUAUAAAACUGCUGACUUUGGAAUAUGGGAACGUGGAGACAAGACCAACCAAGGGAUCUCAGAAUUGAAUGCCAGUUCAGUUGGAAUGGCAAAGGCAGCCCUAGAAGCAUUAGAUGAACUGGACCUAUUUGGUGUGAAAGGUGGGCCCCAAUCAGUUAUCCAUGUUCUGGCUGAUGAAGUGCAACACUGCCAGUCUAUCCUUAAUUCACUACUGCCCCGUGCUUCAACAUCCAAAGAGGUUGAUGCUAGUCUACUUUCAGUGGUUUCCUUCCCAGCCUUUGCAAUAGAAGAUAGCCAGUUGGUGGAGCUCACAAAACAGGAAAUCAUCACCAAGCUUCAGGGUCGUUAUGGUUGCUGUCGCUUUCUAAGAGAUGGAUAUAAAACUCCUAAAGAGGAUCCCAAUCGUCUGUACUAUGAACCAGCUGAGCUGAAACUAUUUGAAAACAUUGAGUGUGAAUGGCCAUUGUUCUGGACAUACUUUAUCCUAGAUGGGAUCUUCAGUGGCAAUGCAGAACAGGUUCAAGAGUAUAGAGAGGCUCUGGAAGCAGUCCUCAUCAAGGGCAAAAAUGGAGUACCACUUCUGCCAGAGCUGUACAGUGUUCCUCCUGACAGGGUUGAUGAAGAAUAUCAAAAUCCUCACACUGUGGACCGAGUCCCCAUGGGGAAGUUGCCUCAUAUGUGGGGUCAGUCUCUAUACAUUUUAGGAAGCUUGAUGGCAGAGGGAUUUUUAGCUCCUGGAGAAAUUGAUCCCCUGAAUCGUAGGUUUUCCACUGUACCAAAGCCAGAUGUUGUGGUUCAAGUCUCCAUUCUAGCUGAAACAGAAGAAAUAAAGGCCAUUUUAAAGGACAAGGGAAUUGAUGUGGAGACCAUUGCUGAGGUAUACCCCAUCAGAGUACAGCCAGCUCGUAUUCUCAGCCACAUUUAUUCCAGCCUAGGAUGCAAUAGUAGAAUGAAUCUCAGUGGACGACCCUACAGACACAUGGGAGUGCUUGGAACUUCAAAACUGUAUGACAUUCGGAAAACUAUCUUUACUUUCACUCCACAGUUUAUAGACCAGCAACAGUUCUACCUGGCUCUGGACAAUAAGAUGAUAGUGGAAAUGCUUAGAACAGACCUCUCCUACCUCUGUAGCCGUUGGCGGAUGACAGGGCAGCCCACCAUCACCUUCCCCGUCUCACACACCAUGCUUGAUGAAGAUGGGACCAGCUUGAAUUCAAGUAUCCUGGCAGCACUCCGAAAAAUGCAGGAUGGCUAUUUUGGUGGGGCAAGGAUUCAAACAGGUAAAUUGUCGGAGUUUUUGACAACAUCUUGCUGCACACAUUUGAGCUUCAUGGACCCUGGACCUGAGGGUAAGCUGUACAGUGAAGAUUAUGAUGACAACUAUGAUGAACUGGAAUCUGACAAUUGGAUAAAUGAGUGUGAUUCAACCUAUAAUGCUCGCUGUGGUGAUGAAGUUGCUCGUUAUUUAGAUCACCUUUUGGCACACACUGCUCCCCAUCCUAAACUAGCCCCUACCUCACAGAAGGGAGGGCUAGAUCGAUUCCGAGCUGCUGUGCAAACAACCUGCGACUUAAUGUCCUUAGUGACCAAGGCCAAGGAGCUGCAUGUACAGAAUGUUCACAUGUAUCUUCCUACGAAGUUAUUACAGGCUUCCCGGCCUUCAUUCAACUUACUUGACCCACCUCAUCCCCAACAGGAGGACCAGGUUCCCUCUGUUCGUGUGGAAAUACAUCUUCCUAGAGACCAGUCCGGGGAGGUGGACUUCAAAGCACUGGCUUUGCAGUUGAAGGAGACCUCCAGCUUACAGGAACAAGCUGAUAUCCUCUACAUGCUGUAUACUAUGAAAGGACCUGACUGGGACACUGAAUUGUAUGAUGAAGGGGGUGCUACAGUCAGAGAGCUUCUUACUGAAUUAUACAGCAAAGUUGGAGAAAUUCGUCACUGGGGCCUGAUCCGAUACAUCUCUGGGAUUUUAAGGAAGAAAGUAGAAGCACUCGAUGAGGCCUGCACAGACCUUCUCUCCCACCAGAAACAUUUGACAGUUGGGCUCCCUCCAGAACCUCGAGAAAAGACUAUCUCUGCACCUCUGCCCUAUGAGGCACUUACUGAGCUGAUAGAUGAAGCCAGUGAAGGGGACAUGAGCAUUUCAAUCCUUACACAGGAAAUAAUGGUAUAUCUGGCCAUGUAUAUGCGAACCCAGCCUGGCCUCUUUGCUGAAAUGUUUCGACUUCGAAUUGGCCUGAUCAUACAAGUUAUGGCAACAGAACUAGCCCACUCCCUUCGAUGCUCAGCUGAGGAAGCCACAGAGGGCCUGAUGAAUCUCAGUCCUUCAGCCAUGAAGAAUCUCCUGCAUCACAUUCUCAGUGGCAAGGAGUUUGGAGUGGAAAGAAGUGUUCGUCCCACUGAUUCAAAUGUCAGUCCUGCUAUUUCUAUCCACGAGGUUGGUGCUGUUGGAGCAACCAAAACAGAACGAACUGGGAUCAUGCAGUUAAAAAGUGAGAUAAAGCAGGUGGAAUUUCGUAGACUGUCUAUCUCAGCUGAAAGCCAGUCCAAUGGUGGUCAUCCCCUGGGUAUAGAUUUGAUGUCACCGCCUUUUCUGUCACCUGGAACCUCUAUGACUCAAAUUAGUGGAUCCUUUCCUAGUACACAUGAUUAUCAGUCAUCUAAAGAUAGUCGUCAAGGUCAGUGGCAACGCCGAAGAAGGCUAGAUGGAGCACUGAAUAGAGUCCCGGUUGGAUUUUAUCAAAAAGUAUGGAAAGUUUUGCAGAAGUGUCAUGGACUUUCUGUGGAAGGUUUUGUUCUUCCUUCUUCAACCACUAGAGAGAUGACUCCAGGAGAAAUUAAAUUCUCUGUUCAUGUGGAGUCUGUCCUGAAUCGUGUACCUCAGCCAGAGUACCGCCAGCUUCUGGUUGAAGCCAUCCUUGUUCUCACCAUGCUGGCAGAUAUUGAAAUUCAUAGCAUUGGAAGCAUCAUUGCUGUGGAAAAAAUAGUGCACAUUGCUAACGAAUUGUUCCUUCAAGAACAGAAAACCCUCGGCGCAGAUGAUAUCAUGUUGGCAAAGGAUCCUGCAUCUGGCAUCUGUACUCUCCUGUAUGACAGUGCACCCAGUGGCAGGUUUGGCACCAUGACCUACCUCUCGAAGGCAGCUGCCACCUACGUGCAGGAGUUUCUGCCCCACAGCCUCUGUGCCAUGCAAUGAGGGCUUUAGGUCUUGGAUGCUGAGAGCCUUUUGACAGCUGGUCCCUGCCUCAGUUGAUUGUGCAUGGAACUGAACUGUUAUCGCCUAAUCACUUUCACUCCACCCUUUCUAUCCCAUCCCUUCCAAGAAGAGAGAACUUUUCCCAUACACUGCUCUAGAAGAAGCGAACCCUUACCUGGAGGCUCACCUCCAGUGUGCAUAUGCUCAACCACGCCUGUCAUUAUUGGCUUUAAUUCUUUCACGGUUCAUAGAAGUUUGCAUGUGUUUUUAUUCCCUAGAUCUGUUACCAACAUAGUUUUCUAACUCCUGUUUGGGGAGCAGGUAUUAAUAAUAACUUACUCCUAAAGUUUGGUUUUUCUUAUUGUGGUUUUAUUGUGUACAUGAGUGGUGGGUGCUUUGGGACAUUAUUUCAAGUGAGUAAACCCUAAAUUAUUGGAUUUUUUCUGCUAUAAAUUGGAAAUAUCCAUUCUAAGUGCCUUUUCUUGGGAAAAGAGAGUACCAGAUCAUAGUUUCCUUUUUUAUUCACAGGUUGCCUCACACUGAAUGAUGAAGUAGUUCCUCUGUAGAAUCAUUGUCUCUACUGUUGCCCUCUCUGUAGCUGCACACAUAAUGCCUACUCUCACUUGGGUAAAAUAUCAAGAAAUGCAAGCACAAGCACAUGUAUAUUUAAGGAUUUUUGUGUUAACACUUCAAAUCACAUUUUAUGAAGAUUGUUGGUACUCAGAUGUAUUUGCAGCAGAAAAUGCAGAAUAACCCAGAGAAAUGGAGCCAGGAGCCCAAUUCCAGAGAGGAAGGAAAAGAAGAGAAGAUACCUGGCAGUGUCUUACGCAUAGGGAACAGAGAGGGAAUCAAAGGUAGGUUAGUUCGCUGAAGACAGCCUUGUGCACCUAAUCCUUGCCUUUGAAAAGUGGGCUAACACACAACACAGAGAUAAAUUGAAGCCUUUGACUUUGGCAAGGAGAAAUCCAGUAGUCCAGUCCAUAGCUGCUCUACCAAGCAUUGUUUUCUUGUGCUCUUGAUCUGUAUCUCAGUCACCUCUGCACUUUCUACCACAUCCAACCCCCCAACUCCCUCAACUCCCUGCCCUUCCCCCAUCUAUUCUUAAACUCUGUCACAUAUAUUUUGACUUCCUAAUUGUAGUGUACAUAUCCCUGUAUAUCUUGGUAUCUGUGGGCAUAUGUCUGUUUCUUACAAAUGCACAUGUUUGUGUGUAUGUGUGUGUGUGUGUGUAUGUGUCUAAGCAUACAUGGGCAUAUUUCUGAAUAUACAUAGUUUUGAUAUGUCUGUGUAUCGAUCUGUAUCCACAUUUGAUAGACUAAGUAUGUAAAUAUGAAUGUUGCAUGUGAGAAGAGGGGAUGUGACUGCAGCCUCAGAUUAACACACAAAAGGUAGUGGAAAAUGCCUUUAGUCCUCUUCCCUGGUCCCAUGUUUAGGUUGACAAAUGUUUGACAAAUGUUUGCUUGACAAGUGUUUCCCCUAACUUUCCUUCUCCCAAAUUGGGUGUAGAGACUCUGCUGAUUUCCAAGAGGGGAUUGAGUCACUCAGAUAACUUCCUACUUCAGUCCCCUCCUUUGACUCAGAUUGUUAAGGUUUUUCUCUAAGAACAGGCAUGGGAAGGGUUGGGACAAGAUACCUUCUAAAUAAUUCUUAUA